AUGGCCGCCACAAAGAAGACCUACAUCGUCGAGCACCUCGACGAGGAGCUGGGCCCCUGGUCCGAGCUCGAGUACCUCGCUAUCGCCAAGGAAUCGCAAGAAAUCGGCUCCGAGUUCCAUCUGACCUCCCUGCCUCUGGGCUUCAAGGUGCCCGCGGCGCUGGCUGCCGUGCCGGCCUUCAAGGCGGAGAACCGUGGUGUUGAGGAGAUCUAUGCUGCUGAUAAGAGCCGGGUCUGCCUGCUGGAUCCAGCGGCCAAGAAGGACUUGAGCCCGGAGGACGGCGAGACUUUUGAUGUUUUCUUGUUUGGCGACAGAACCUCUGAGCUCCGUAAGAAGGGUUUCGAGGGUCGCCGUCUCGGCCCCGUGCAGAUGACCACUGACACUGCUGUCCGUGUCACUCGUCUUGUUGUUGAGGGCAAGACCCCCGUUGACAAGAUCCCCUACGUCGACCACCCCGAGCUCAAGUUCAGCGAGCACGAGAGCACACAGAUGCCCUUCCGUUAUGUUACUGACAAGGAGGGCAAGCCAAUCAUGCCUGAGGGCAUGGUCGAGUUGAUUAAGAACGACACUGACAAGGCUAUCGACGACAUGUUCUAA